AUGGAUCCCAAUCUAUCACUCGUAUAUGGCUCCAAAGAGCCCGAAUUGUUCCUCCAAAAGAUGGGCACUUUGAUUGAUGAUCAGGCAGUUCGGUUUGGGGAUCGGCCUGCUGUAAUAUUCCCAUGGCAGUCUGUCCGGCUCUCGUAUCGCCAACUGGCCGAUCGAAGCAAAAUCAUCGCCCGAGCAAUGUUGGAAAUGGGCUUGCGCCAUGGUGAUUGUGUUGGAAUUAUGGCAGGCAACUGCUAUCAAUAUAUCGAGGUCUUCUUGGGGGGUUCUCGGAUUGGAUGCCCCGUCGUUGUGUUGAACAAUACAUACACACCCGCGGAGCUUGCGAAUGCGGUCUACAGAAGCUCCUGCAAACUUGUCUUUCAUGCUACCAGUAUCGGCUCUCGAGACUUAUUCGGCCAUAUCGAAACCCUUCGUGGAAGUACCCACCCACCCCUAGCACUCCCUGAGCUACGUAGGGUUGUCUCUCUGGAACCUGCAAAGUUUCCAGAUGGAGGAAUUCAUGUCCAAUCAUACGAGGAAUUUGCGCUGAAUGGCAUUUCUGUGUUGGACAAGGCCAGGCUCGAGCGUGCGGAAGAACUAGUCAACGCCGACGACGUGGUCAACUUGCAAUUUACUUCUGGGACUACCGGAUCUCCCAAAGCCGCGAUGCUUACGCAUAUCAAUUUGAUUAACAACGCACAAUUUGUCGGCGGAGCAAUGCGACUUACUCCUGAGGAUGUCGUCUGCUGUCCACCGCCCAUGUUCCAUUGCUUUGGGCUUGUGAUGGGCUUUCUUUCGUCCUUCUUCCGGGGUAGCUCAAUUGUGUUUCCAUCCGAUUAUUUCCAUGUCGGAAAGGUCGUCGAUGCCAUGGUGAAUGAAGAUGCCACCGUGAUCCUCGGCGUUCCAACCAUGUACAUGGCUGAAUUGGAAGUCAUGCUGAAGACAAAACAAAGGCCCCGUCGGCUACGAACGGGACUUGCCUCCGGCUCGCCAGUUUCCCAAAGUCUCAUGAAUCAAAUCCGAGAGACGAUGGGAGUGGAGAAGAUGUUGAUCGCGUACGGAAUGACGGAGACUAGCCCAGUGAGCUUCAUCACUUCACUGGAAGACAGUGACGAGAAGGGAACAACCACGGUCGGUCGAGUUUUCCCCCAUGCGGCAGCCAAGGUCAUCGACAACGAUGGCAACAUUGUCCCCCGAGGACAACGAGGGGAGCUAUGCACCAGUGGAUUUUUGCUGCAGAAGGGUUACUGGAAAAAUGAGCAGAAGACGAGGGAGGUAAUGAGAAGAGAUGAGAACGGCGUUUUAUGGAUGCACACUGGAGAUGAGGCCAUCAUUGAUGCCGAUGGAUAUGCACAUAUCACCGGCCGAAUCAAAGAUCUCAUCAUUCGAGGUGGUGAGAAUAUCUUCCCGCGAGAAAUUGAGGAACGACUGAUGUGCCAUGCAUCUAUCUUCGAGGCCAGCGUGGUCGGCAUCAAGGAUGAGAGAUAUGGCGAAGUUGUUGGCUGCUUUCUGAAACUAUCUGAACAGGGUGAGAGACCUGCAGAUCCCGAAGUCAGGCAAUUCGUGAGCGAGAUUCUCGGUCGGCACAAAGCCCCCCAGCAUGUCUUUUGGCUUGGAGAUGCUGGAGUAGGUGACGACUUCCCCAAGACCGGCAGUGGCAAGCAUCAGAAACAUAUGUUGCGAGAUAUUGGCAAUCGGUUGAGAAUGGUCAAGGCAAGACUUUAG